CACGUGCUCCAGCCGCGCGCCGUCACCGGCAUAUGAUGGCUGGCGCGGCCGAGCACGUCUGGUGCGCGGCCGAGGCAUGGAGGAACUAGGCGACAAUGGCGACGUGGCCGUCGGCUACCUGCUGAUCGACGACGGUGGCCGGAGGAAGCCGGCGGCCGCCGUCGGUUACCCGCUGCCGCUCGAGAUAAGGGCCCACGACUACUGCGACCACUGCUGCAAUAUGUUCACCCUGGGCUUUGUGGUUACCUUCGGGCUCGUAUUGGUCACCGACUUUUCCCUGGCCAUCUUUCUACAGAAACAACCGAAUCCCCUGUUGGUGCUGAUAUGUUUCCCCUUCAUUUUCGUAAUCUUUGCUGGACUCGUGCUGUUGAUUAUAUGUUGUGCAGCGUCAAACCUCAGAGAUAGAGAGUCAGGUGGGCUAGGUCCAACUUGAUGAGAGCUGCCACAUCUGUUUAUAAAUUCUUUAUACCUAGCUAUUAUUAGAAUAUUCCAA